AUGGAGAGAGAAAUCAAUCAAUGGGCAGAUGGUAAUCUCGAGACCUUGGAAAUGAUUGGAGAAGGAGACUGGUUAGGCGUUAAGUACAGUGGCGCGGGGACACAUAUCAAAAAGUCUUUGAUGAAGGGUGAAAAAGCCCCACCCUUGUUUGUUGAGGCCAUGGAAAAGAUCUGCCGACGUGCUGCUGCCAGAGGAUGUCGCAUAUGGAUCGACGCAGAACAACAAGCGUUGCAAGCCACCAUCGAUCAAUGGACCUUUGAUCUUAUGCGUCGUUACAAUGAGCUGGGAAGGCAAACCUUGGUAUACAACACCAUCCAGGCAUACCUCAAAUCCUCGCGCGACAAAGUACAAGACCAGCUGGAGCUUGCUCGGGAGCAAGGAUGGCGGUUGGGCAUCAAGCUAGUUCGUGGCGCUUACAUCAACAAUGAUUUCUGGCAGGCGAUCCACGACACCAAGGCGCAUACAGACGCCUCGUACAAUGGCAUCGUCGAGGACCUCCUCUGCGAGAACUUUCCAGCAAUGGCCAACCAACGGGCGGUAGAGCUUGAUCUGCUGCUGGCAGGUCACAACUCCAGCAGUAUUCGGGGAGCAGCUCGUCUAGCGUCCGAACUUUCGGCUCAAUCGAAGUUGAAAGUCAUCGCAGAGUUCGGGCAGCUUCAGGGAAUAGCUAACGAUGUCGGAUGCGAGCUACUGCGGAUAGCGGACAAUAUGAGGAGGGAGGGUAAUCUAGCUCCGGCCAAUACUUAUAUACCCAAAGUGUACAAGUGUCUGACCUGGGGUAGUAUUCAGGAAUGUAUGCAGUAUCUGACACGCAGACUCGUUGAGAAUCGAGGUGCUGCUGACCGGAUGAGAACAGGCGCCGCAGGGGUUAGAAGAGAACUCCUUCGCGGGAUAGGCAUCAGAUUCUAA